AUGGGGUGUGCGUACGUGGACUUCAAGCAGAUCAUCAUCAAACCGAACAUGACUGCCUCCGUUGACCUGCAGAGCGAUGCCGUUUUCGCCGGCAUCAAGGACCGCGUGGCUGAGAACGAAGCCAAGGCGAAGGCUAUUAAUGCCGUCUUCUUGUACAAAAUCACCAGUGGUGGCAAGGUGGCCAAGGAGUGGGUGCUUGACCUAAAGAACGCGAAAGUGUACGAAGGGCCGGUACAGGGCAAAGCCGACACGACCAUGACGAUAGCCGACGGAGAUAUGCUCGAGCUGGCACUCGGCAAACUGCAGCCUCAGACUGCAUUCAUGAAGGGCAAGCUGAAGAUCACCGGUAACAUUAUGCUGGCGCAGAAGUUGGCACCGCUGCUGAAGACGGAAGCAAAACUGUAA